UUAGCCUUAAUCAUCCUCAUCUUACUCUUUAAAGCGAAACUAUUAAUUAACGGGAAGAUUUAUAUGGCUCCACCACCUCCAGCACCGCCGUCUGUUACGUUGAGGACAGUACUCCUCCUCCUUAGGGUUUUGACCGCGGCUUUCCUCGUCAUAACGGUGGUCCUCAUCAGCACCAACACCGUCACUCUCGAAGUUUUAAGGACAUCUAUAAAAAUGCGUUUUAACGAUGUCUAUGCUUAUAGAUACAUGCUGUCCGCUGCCGUCAUCGGACUCCUUUACGCCGUUGUACAACUGUUCAUAACAAUCUCCCAAUUCGCCACCGGAAUUACACAUCCUCUUAGUUAUCAGUUCAAUUUCUACGGUGAUAAGAUAAUUUCAUAUUUACUGGCGACGGGUUCGGCGGCUGGAUUUGGAGUGAGCAAAGAUUUGAAAGACACAUACCUAGCAUUGAUAGAAUUUGAAUCGACUGAUCCGGUGGAUAAGUUCUUCAGUAAAGGAUACGCAUCGGCCAGUCUUCUUCUCUUUGCAUUCGUCUCUCUUGCGGUUUUAUCCGUUUUCUCAUCUCUUGCUCUUUCCAAACGACCAAUUCAAGUCUCAUAAACCCACAUGUGAUCAUUGUAACCCUACAAUAUACUUUCUUCAUUUUA